AUGGACCGCUCCCCGGCCAACCGCCUCAGCACACCCAAGCGGACAAAGUCCGUCCAAGACUUGCUGGCCUCCUUUGGCUCGCGCAACACGCCCACAUCGCUUACUCAAGCCAAGAAGCACCCUUUACCUGCCGAUCCUCCAAUUGUCGACGCCAGUCCAAACACUUCCCAGCCCGAAGCAGACGACACUUCAGCCAUGAACGUCAGCGGCGACGAAAUCCGGGUCGCCACCCCCACAGAGUCUCCGCGGAGGUCAUUGCGGCCUCGCACUUCACGUCUUUCUACCGCGCCCGCUGGCAAUCAUCUCCCAUCACAGCGCUCUGGGCGCAAAUCGAAGAGUAACAAGAAAAUCCUAACGUCCGACACACUUGGCAAGGACAAUGGCUCUCCGGUACCGAAGAAGGCCACGGCGAGAAUGCAGAUUAGAGAGGGCAUUGUGCUGCACACGAAGGCCAAGCAAGACCGGUUUUUGAAGCAGCACAAGGGCUUCUUCCUGCCGCUACUGCCGGAAAACAACUACAUCACCAGGAUAAAAGGGAAUGGUGAGAAUAUCGUGCCAUACAAACAGCUCGAAGAGCAGCCUGAAGGAGUGACUGCUACCCUCAAGCCCUAUCAGCUCACCGGCCUGUCUUUCCUCGUACACAUGAAUGAGAACGGUAUGCCGUGCAUGCUCGGUGAUGAAAUGGGCCUAGGCAAGACGUUGCAGACGCUGUCAUUGUUCCAGUUUCUUGAAGAACGUGAAGAAGAAAACAAGACCUCCGCAGAGAACCGCCCCUACCUUGUGGUUUGCCCCAUGAGCGUCCUUGACGCUUGGGUAACUGAGGCUCGUCGAUGGACACCCGACCUCAAAGUGUUACGCUUCCAUGGCCCUCCUACGGAGCGCGAGCACCUGAAGAAAGUUGCUACCGGUCGUCAAGAUACCUAUGGUAACGACACAACGAGGUCGAAGAAGCGCAAGAGUGACCAACGCCAGGGCAGGGCUCCGUCAACCCCUGAUUCGGAUGACGAGGGCGAGGAGGACUACAAGAUCAUUAUCACUACAUACGACACAUUCGUAUCAGAGCAGAGCUGGUUCAAGACGGCAUUCGUUUGGCGUUACGUCGUCCUUGAUGAAGGCCAUCGGAUCAAAAACAGUGCCACCAACGUAUCCCACGCUCUUCAAUCCCUGCGAGCAGAAUACAGGUUGAUUCUCACUGGUACCCCGCUUCAAAACGAUUUGGUGGAGAUGUGGUCGCUGCUCCACUGGCUCCUCCCGAACGUCUUUACCAAUCAAACGUCGAGCCUGUUCAAAGAAUCAUUUGACCUAACGCACGGAAAAGUUAGUACCGCAGUCAUGGAUCACGCUCGCCAUUUGCUCGAACUUCUGAUGCUUCGUCGCAUGAAGAACAGCUCCGAGGUGGAUCUCAACCUGCCCCCGAAAGAGGAAAUCCUCCUCUUUGUACCACUCACUCCUAUGCAACGAUUUUGGUAUACACGUCUGCUCACAGGCGCCGGUGACGCCUUACUCGUCGACUUGUUUAAGGACGUUAAAAUCAAAGAACAAACCGAUAUGGUUCGUGAUCUUCAAGAAGCUCAGGACAUCAAGAGACUUGAGGAAAUUGGCGAUCAGAUGAGCAAGCAAUCGGAUCUUUCGAAAGAUGCAUGGAAGGAAACUCGAGAAAUUAUGCGGCAAGGCUUUGCUCAAGAGCAGAGUUCUGCAACUCAAGGCGCGUGGAAGCGUCUUAUGAACCUCGUCAUGCAACUGCGGAAAUGCUGCAAUCAUCCGUACACUCUCACGGGUUCGGCACCUGAGCCGUACUUGUUGGGUGAUCAUGUUAUCAAAGCUUCCGGAAAGUUCAUUGUCCUAGAAAAGCUUUUGACUGAGCUCGUCGUAGCCAGAGGAAAGAAGGUGAUUGUUUUCUCGAGCUUCACUCAGGUUCUGAACUGCUGCGAAGACCUACUGGCGGUUACCGGAGGCGAUGGGGCGCUUUUCAGGUAUCUCCGGUUUGAUGGAGGUACUGGUAGGGCUCGACGCAACCUCGACAUACGACUUUUCAACGACAGAUUAUCUGAUUACAAGGUCAUGCUAAUCUCCACUAAGGCCGGCGGCUUGGGUAUCAAUCUAACGGCCGCCACCGAGGUAAUUUUCCUGGAUGAGGACUGGAAUCCGCAGAUCACUCUUCAAGCCGAGGCUCGUGCCCAUCGGAUUGGUCAGACUCAACCUGUCACCGUGUACAAGCUCUGUACCCAGGGAACUGUUGAAGAGCAGAUGAUGGGACGCAUUCGUAAGAAGUUAUACCUAUCAACAAAGAUUACCGAGACGAUGAAGAGCAUUCACAGCACAACUUCCAGAAACAACAAGGACAAGACAUCGAUUAAAGGCGAAGAUGUGCCGCAGUUGGAUGUUUCUCACCUUAGGUCUCUCGUUCGCCGCGGUGCGCAGACAUUGACUCAUCCCGAAAUCGACGUCACGGAUAUGUUGUCAUGGGAUUUCGACACCAUUUUGGAAAAGUGUAAAGACAAUCCUAGUGAUCCACAUGUCGGUGAUGAAGACAGUGAUCUCGAUGAACAACAAUGGCUUUCCACCAUGGAGCGUGUUGAGUGCGCGGUAUUUGACGGCAAGCGCUACCAGCGCCAGUUGGAUGACGACUCGGCUGCAGGUUCGGACUUGACGGCUGGUGACCGUCGGAAGGGCAAGAACACCACCGUGAUGAUCGACGGUUAUGCUAUCAGCAAGGAAAGCAUGAAUUGCGGAGAUUGGGAAGCUGUCCCUACAAUGGCCGGGAAGGACCCCCGCCUGGCUGAUCCGAAGCGUGCGAAGAAGGCUGCUAUCGUUAACCAAGACCACUGCCAGAUCUGCUGGGACGGUGGCGAGAUUCUCAUCUGCUCGGGAUGUCCGCGUAGCUACCAUGUCGACUGUAUGAAUGAUCACGACAGGGCGAACGCGACCAAGAGCACUAACUUUAGCGGCUUCUACUGCUCGCAGCAUGAGUGUGCUGAUUGUCACAAGAAGACCACUGAAGCUGGUGGGCUUAUCCUCCGGUGCCGUUGGUGCGAGCGCGGAUAUUGCGAGGACUGCCUCCAGUGGAAGAAGACGAAGCUUCUCGGCGACGCUCUGCCUGAGUUUGAGAUUCUUGGCUUUCCUGCCGUCGACCAAGCCUUCUUCAUUGAGUGUCCCGAUUGUUGUGAACUGCGGUACGGAGGUCCGGUGCCUCACCAGUUCUAUGAAGAACGCGAACGAGAAAUCAGCGAGCAGUACGCGCAGAUGCUAAGGCUGCGAGAUGAUACGCCGGUCGCUACUGAGAUCAAAGAGGAGAUCAAAGAGGAAAAGAAGCUCAAGCUGGAAGUAACGAGCUCGUUUAGCAACAGCAUUGGCAACCUCGACCUCGCCGACAAUGCUUCUAGCAACUUCGACUUGACUGACGCAACCACUCUCGACACUUCCGGGGUGUCAACUCCCAAGGAGGCGCGAUCUGGUCGCUCGGAUGCUUCUACGAGCAAGAAGCGCGCAAUCGACGUGAUUGAUCUUUCCGGUUUGAACGAGACUUUUGGAUCCCCGAAGAAGGCCCGGAAGGUGAAGCUGGAAGACCUGGGUGAGUAG